AUCAUUGUCAUGGCCAGGAGACAACGACGGACAAUUGACUCUGAGGUGGCAACACUGCUCCAUCUUCCGCCGGAAAUAUGUGCACUAAUAUGCUCAAUGGUCGAGUUCGAAACUCUGCUCAAGCUCUGUCGAGUGUCACACUCGUUUCGCAACCAGACCCAACGAAUCGUAUACCGUUCUGUCAAUCUUCAAAGAUGCAGCCGGGCGAAGCGGAUGACGUGGUUUCGUUCCAUGAGCAGAAACCCACAAUUGGGGGCAUAUCUGCACACGCUGAGGAUUCCUCCCAUCGACCUGGAAGAGGGUCAACGGCUGGCCUUCGUGUUGAAGAAAUGCCCCCAUCUCAACGUCCUUGACUUCCAAGGAUUGAAUGUGAACAAUGGCUACAGCUGUGAUGCCAUACACACCUGGGUCAUCGACAACAUGCCCUUUAGACUCACCCACUUCACCAACUCUUAUUUUCGGAGCACCUUCUUGACAUCUUUCUGGAAGAAACAGACAGGAAUCAAGGUCCUGUCACUCCCUCUUGUGUCGUCCGCCGAUAGGCUUGUGUUUCCCUGUCAUGACGGCCAGUUGCCUAAUCUUAUUGGUCUUGAAGUGCCGAAUACACUCAUGCUCCCCACAAAUUCGCGCCCCCUGCAGCGCAUACAACUUCAAGGUCACUUGAAUGCGCGGCAGACAAUGUUUGAUCUUACCGUCCUGGCACGCUUCUCUUCAACACUCACGACACUUAAUCUUUGCCUGGUGGCUAUGCCACCUUUUCCAUCGACAUUGCACACUAUUGCUCAAGCAGUACCCAACCUCACCUACCUCGGGUUGGCCGACAAGGUCUUUCCAUGGAGCCACCAGCAAUUUCCCCGAAGCGAGUUGCUAGCCCUAAAACGACUGAAAAAUCUAGUUAUCCUCUCACAUCAUACUAUGGUCAUCAACGACGCCUCGAACGCUCAGAACUAUACCUUCAGGGACCUCCGAUCCAUGACACAACUCUUUAUGGACACCUGCCCCAGCCUUGAGCAAACUAUCAUUGGGCGACAUGGCAGAGUUCGGGACCUGGCACAUGGCCAACUUCUGGAUCGAACAUGCAGGAUGCAGAGAGUAAAGGAGACCAAGGAGUUGGUUGUCGAGAUGCAGGGCGAUGUCGACUUCGACGUUGUAGCGAAGUUUUGGGACGCUUGA